AACCGCAGAACCAUUACGUCAUAACAGUCUGAGGACGACAGCGCCAGACCGACUGUUUGAGAGCGGAAGUGGGCGGGGUAGCAGCCCGAUGCCGGAAGUUCAUGUUUAGACGUGUUUGUUUAGACUAGACAGUAAAAGGUUUUUAGACAGUAAAAGAUAAACAUUAAAAGGUUUUUAGACAGUAAAAGAUAGACAAUAAAAGGUUUAACUAUGGCGGAGCACACUGUAGAACAAGGAAAAGAAGAAGAGAAAGAAGAACCACAGAUGGUCAAAGACCUCAGGACCGCAGUUGGAUGGCUGCGGGACAACUGCCACUCCUUCAGAGGUUCUGUGCAAGAGCCGUCAUAUCUGGACCUAAAGAAGGAAGACCAGGAAGAGGCCCUUCUUAAACUUGAUCGGGCGGAAAGAAAAGAUGAUCUGGAACUGGCCAAAAAGCCUUUCAUGUUUCAGUUCCAGUUUCAACAGGACAUGGAAGUUUUUCUUUUCGAAUGUCACGACGAAAGGCACCUCAGAAUAAACUCCAUGUUUAUGGAGUUUUAAUUUGUUAUUUAUUUUUCUCUUGAGAAUUAUUGAUGUAAAAUUUGUGCCUGUAUAACUUUUAUAAGAUUUAUUUUAUUUGGUUUA